AUGAGUUGGCCAGACCUUAUCAAUACUACCUGCCGGGAAAACUACACCUACUUUGACUCUUCGGAUUACCUACGCAAUGCAUAUCAUGUCACAGCAAUAUUUACAGUCCCUCUUUCAAUUCUGGCAUUUUAUAUAAUAUUAAAAAAGACUCUAAGUAGAAUGAAAACCAUGAAAGUGCCUCUUUUAAUAUUUCAUUUUUGGAGCACAAACCUUGAUUUAAUGUUCACCGUAUACACGGCUCCCUAUAUAUUCAUCCCGACCGCUUCUGGGAUAACACUCGGAGUUCUAGGAUGGCUGGGUGUCAGAGUCAGAUGGCAGGCCUACUGGGGUCACUUUUCUGUGAUGAUGCUCGGUGUGAGCUUCAUAAUAUUGUAUGAAAACCGACAAAGUCAAAUUUCAACGGUGAAGUUUAAAAUCCAAGGGAAACAAACUCGUAUAUUAUAUUUUGCCUUUAAAAGUGUAUUCUCGUUUUUUAUAUUGCUUCCAUUCUAUAUAAAUAACUCGGAUCAGGUGGAGUUGAGGAAAACCGUGUUAAAGCAAAUACCGUGCCCCACGAUCGAGUUUUUUGACUCCAAAACAUAUGUCCUAUUGGAACCAGACGAAAUCCUCCCGUUAUUUUCUAAUAUUAUCGGAUUUGGGGGUAUUCUUGCUGAGGUGCUUUUCUUCCUAUUUCACACUGUAUACCAUCUGACGAUGGUAGGGAACACAUCAAUUUCAGAGUCAACAAGAAAAAUGCAGAGGAAGUUUUUGAAAUAUGUCUCGUUACAGAUCUCAAUUCCCUUGAUAGCAAUUGUGUUCCCAGUCUUAUUCUCUUUGUAUGCGGGCACGAUGAGCUAUUAUAAUCAAGCAGCUAACAACAACGCGAUGAUAAUUAUGGCUAAUCACGGAUUGCUGAGCACCUGCUGCACACUUUCCAUCUAUCAACCGUAUAGAGGUUUUAUUUUGGGCAAAUUAACAGGAAAUCCGGUGGAAGUAUCCCCAGUGAACAUAAUACCAGUUAUUUCUUCAUGAUUAACAAUUUAUAAAUGAUUUUUGAAUUAAUGAAUCUUUAUGUGAUGA